AUGUCCGUGGCCAGAUCGCCGUCACAAAUUAAUGUAUUGUCGCCCGGCAAAGGACCUGCCCAGCUCGAGGUGGAGAGAUCCGAGAUGGAGAAUUUGCAUGCGUUUAGAUCCCCCCGUGAAUCCAUAUUUUCCAAUUUCACUUCAUACCCAAGAUCGUUGUUGGACGCCUACACCGAAGAACUCUCGCCUGAGGCUUCCAGUAUCAGUCAUUCUUGUUUUGAUGCGUCCGAAGACGAACCACGGAACAGUACUGCUGGUAACACAUCCAAGCCGUGCAAACUUCUAUUCGGCAAGCGCUACAAGAUGAGCAUGACGCUCAAGCCGCGAGAAACCGAGCUUGCGCGUAGCUCGUGGUCCAUAUUGCUCGACAACGAGUGCUCCAAACAGAAAUACGACGAUUUUAUUAACAAUAUUCUAAAAAAACCGAAAAAGAGAGUACAGAACGCCAAACUGGGCGCCAUUGCGGGCGAUGGUGUCUUUUCCAGCUUCCUAUUCGGUACACAGUUUCUUGCAAACAUUUUAGAAUUUGCUCCCGAGAUCGAGGAUGCCUUCCCAACCAUCAAUCACGCUGCAACCGCUGUCACGGGCGUCUUAACAGCAGCGGUCGACAACCUGGAAGACCUUUCCGUGCUAGACGAGUAUCUUUGUGGUCUUGGAAAACGCCAUUCGAGAAUCCUUGGCGUGUGUUCCGUUCAUUUCCGCGUGGCCGGCGCGGGCUUCAUGAAGACGCUUCGAGACCGCUUUGGAUACGAUAUGACAAGAGAACUCGAAAACGUAUGGCUUAGACUUUACCUAUACUUAUCGAACACCAUGCUACAAUUCGGCAUAGAUCCUGUCAUUGUUGACAAUGAGAUAUCUAGCAUGGUUUUAGAACCUCCAGCGGUACUGGAAAGGCAACCUACAACGACUAGUAACGAAUCAUCGAAUAAGAGCGAUUUCUCUCAAGAGCCCAUCUCUCUCCGGUCUGGUGGCUCUUCGGAACGAAGCCAUUACACAACUUCAAGCGGCUCUUUCAGGUUUAGCUCGUCAAUUCUUAGAAGGCCCUCUUCGGAAGGACAUGCCUCUGGAAAAACGCAAAGCACUGGCGCUUCAAGUUCCUCGAGUCGCGUGCCAAAAUCGGUGCGUGGUGGCGGGGGUAAUGCCGGUUUGAAAACUGGCGGAAAAUGGGUUCCAGUCAGCGCGCUGCCGAAAAACACGUACACCAAAGUUGUCAUUCAAGAAACAUCUCACAAAGGUGGUUCUGUGAGAGGUGGUGGUUCUUCUUACAAGCUCGUACGUAUGGAUGCGUCACAAAUGGCUGGCUACACAGCGAAAACAAGCGCAGAAACACAAGCGAGUAUAGCAUUGCAACAAAGACGGGAGCAAAUGAUGAGGGAAUAUGCCGCUAGAUCUGGAGGUGCCAGAGGUGGUGGCGGCGAUUGUAGUAUCAUGUAA